AUGGGGAGGUUUUUGUUUGAUAUAGAGGGGAUCCAGUUGAAUUUUGGUGAAACUGAAUAUAUUCUCAUUUGUGGUUUAAAAGUUGGUCCUUAUAUGGAUUUACUCCAUGACGAAAAGGGUCAGUCAUAUUCAAAUCUUCGUGCUCGCUUGUUCCCUGAUAUUCUUGAUGCACGUUUGCGGCUGAAAGAUUUAGAAGACUUGAUUAUGUCCCCGAAUUAUUUGGCACUACAAGAUGAAGAUGUUGUGAUGCUUAUCCAACUUGUUUUUAUAUUGAAGGGUCUACAUGGACGGGACGUUAAAACGGGCAUUCCAACAGUAGUAUACAAGCUUGCUGAUAAUAUAGAUGAUUGGAACAAGUUUUCAUGGGGUACGUAUUUAUGUAAAUAUACUUCGCGUAUGAUGCGUGGAAUGUUUAAGAAAAUAGAAGAUUUUAGAGUAUUGAAGCAGGCCAAUCCCGAAUCGAAGAAAAUAUGGAUUUUGGAGACGUUCCCAAAGGCAAUCAAGUUUUAUAUACGCAUGCCAACAGAAUUGUCACGGGUGAGGGCGUGGAGAAGUAAAACAUCGUUAUCUUGGGUUAAAUGGUGUCGAAUAAUGAACGUGUCUGUGUCUAACAACCAACAUAUUAAUGUCAUGGCAACCCCGGAGGAGUUGAUGUUUUCGUUUUAUGCUCGUUAUGUCAAUUGGACUCUUAACCCUGUAGAGUCUCCCCCACGACAACAUAGUCGUGUCUGAAAAUAGUCCACCUCAUGUUGCCUCGCCCGCUCGAAGAAGGAUGUACAAGUCCGAAAUAGAAACAUGUUCGACUGAAUCUGCCACAAAUACUUCAUCCUCGCAACAUCUUGAAAUAGAAACACGUUAUAUGUCAAACGACACAUCAAGAUUGAUAAAGAAGAAGAAGACAAGCACAAAGGCAUUAGUGAAGCGUUUACUAGGCGGUGUGGCUGACUUAAGUUCUAAAGUAGACUGUGUAUUACAGAACAAGAGAUGAACUAGACACAAAUGUUGAACCAGACAGAGGGUAAGAGGUGGAGGAGGAGGAAGAGAUGAUAAAUGAAAAGGAGGAAGAAAAAUAUUACCAUGAUACACAUUUUGACUAUGAUGAUAUAGGUACUCAUGGUUUGGAGGGGGAAUUUGGGCCUACACCUACGCAUGUUGAGCC